AUGGCUGACGGAGAGGAGGAUUUUUCUUCCCUGCCAUUACCCGAUCGUUUUUCCCACAAGAACUGGAAAGUCCGCAAGGAAGGCUACGAAGACGCCAGGCAACAGUUUGAGAAGACUCCGGAUGAAUCCGAUCCCGUCUUCACGCCGUUCAUCCAAGACCCCGGGUUGUGGAAGGGUGCCGUGGCCGAUUCCAACGUUGCUGCCCAACAAGAGGGUCUUGGGGCAUACUGUUCGUUCCUGAAAUUUGGCGGUGUUCAAGCCUGCGCGAGGACCCGCGCGACUACCGUAUACCCCAUCGUCGAGAAGGGCCUCCCAUCGACGCGACCGGCUGCGAAACAGAGCGCCAUCGAGGCGCUGCUCCUAUGUGUCGAAAUUGACAAGGCCGACCCCGUGAUUGAAGAGAUUCUGCCAGGACUGUCGCAUAAAACGCCCAAGGUCAUCGCCGCGACUCUCGCAGGCCUGCGUGCUAUCUACCAUAACUUCGGUUGCAAGAUCGUCGACCCCAAACCCGUGUUGAAAGCCCUGCCGAAGGUUUUCGGUCAUGCCGAUAAGAAUGUCCGAGCUGAGGCGCAGAAUCUCACUGUCGAGCUUUAUCGUUGGCUGAAAGAGGCCAUCAAGCCCCUCUUCUGGGGUGACCUGAAACCUGUUCAACAACAGGACCUCGAGAAACUUUUCGAAGGAGUAAAACAGGAGCCCCCGCCGAAGCAAGAGCGGCUCACGAAAGCACAGCAAGAUGCGAUGGCCGCCGCCAGUGCUGCCCCAGAAACGGGCGGCGGUGAGGAAGAGGGCGAGGAAUAUGCGGAAGAAGAUGGUGGUGAAGUCGACGUCUUCGAUCUUGCAGAACCGGUGGACGUCAUGUCCAAGAUUCCCAAAGACCUGCUGGACCAGCUAGCAUCGUCGAAGUGGAAGGAUAGGAAAGAAGCCCUCGAUGCGCUGUAUGCGGCUUUGAAUGUACCCCGGAUCAAGGAUGGCCCGUUCAACGAUAUCGUCGCGGCGCUGGCGAAGUGCAUGAAGGACGCUAACGUCGCAGUCGUAACGGUCGCGGCGAACUGCAUUGAUUUGCUGGCGAAGGGACUUCGUAGCGGGUUUGCGAAGCACCGCGCGACGGUCAUGGCGCCGAUCAUGGAGCGUCUUAAGGAGAAGAAGCAGAGUGUCUCGGAAGCCUUGGGUCAGGCCUUGGACGCCAUCUUCACUGCAACUAGCCUGUCAGAUUGUCUGGAUGAAACCCUUGAAUUCCUCAAGCACAAGAACCCUCAAGUGAAGCAGGAAACGCUGAAGUUUCUCAUCCGCUGUCUUCGCACCACAAGGGAUGUGCCCUCGAAAGCCGAAGUCAAAUCUAUCGCCGAUGCGGCUACCAAACUUCUGACUGAAUCUACAGAGGUUAACCGUGCCGGUGGAGCCGAGAUUCUUGGUACAUUGAUGAAGAUCAUGGGCGAGCGGGCUAUGAACCCGUACCUUGAGGGACUUGAUGAUAUCCGCAAGACGAAGAUCAAGGAAUUCUACGAGACUGCUGAAGUCAAGGCGAAAGACCGGCCCAAGCCCAUCGUUAAACCUGCUCCCGCAGCCGCUAAGAAGCCCAUGGGUGGAAUGAAGAAACCGACUCUAGGAAUGAAGAAGCCUGCAGCUGCAGCAGCUCCCCCUCCUCCCGUAGAGGAGCCCGCCGCUCCCUCCCCAGCAAAGCCCCGAUCAAUUCCGUCGAAACUUGCUGGACCUCCCAAGUCCGGUGGCCUGCCUACUCCCGGCUCCGGUCUCAAACUGCAAAAGAAACUUGGUGGCCCAGGAGGUCUGGCGUCACCCCAGCGCCGAGUCAUUUCGCCCCCUUCGGAGGAACAGCCGCCCGCCCCUGCUGCUCCCAAGUUCGGUCUGGGCCGAGGACUUGCAGGUCGCCCGAUAGCGAAGCCCGCUCCUGCUACCGAACCUGCGCCUGCACCGGCGGCUGCGCCUCCAGUGAGUGGGAUAUCUGCCGUUGAGCGUGCGGAGUUGGAAGAGCUGCGUCUUGAGAAGGAGCGAUUCACGCGAAUGGUGGAAGAUCUCAAGUCGGAGAGGACAAAACUGAACUCUCAGGUGACCGAACUGCAGAACCAAAACGCGCAGCUGAUCGAAGAUCACACGAGGGAUGUUCUGGGCAUCAAGGCUAAAGAGACACAGUUGGUCCGGGCACGCAGCGAUGCUGAGGCCGCUGAGCAGACUGUCCAGAAACAGCAGCGCGAGAUCGAGCGGCUCAAGCGUGAGUUGGCCCGAGCUCUUCGUGCCAGCGCUAUGAGCCCUCCCAACACUGUGCCUGAUGGCGUCAACAUGGGCUUCCCUGAGACGAACGUUUACCAGGACCCUGGCAGCAAUGGCUACAGCGGAGUCCCACGGUCCGGACUCCACAUGGGCUCGCGGUUUGAUAGCAGUCGGCCACGGAGUUACGCAUCAGCGAGUCCUAGCGAAGAGAAAGAGAACAACGGCCUGGAGUCUCCUGGCUUAGGGAGCAGAGAUGGAGGCUUCGGACGGCGGAAGUUCAGCCCCUCAUACGGCACCGGCUACUCGGGCAUGGGCAGUCCUACUCGAUCAUCUGCGCUGGGAUCAGGCAGUGCCUCUGGCGAAGACCAGCCCGCGCGAAGCGGCGAGCCCGCUGAGAAUUGGAAGCGGGCUGCUGAACGUAAAUCCAUCCCACUGACAUGA